AUGUCCGCGCGCGCCAACGCGCCAACGCGUGCGCCAACGCGCGCGCAUCGCCGCGCGCCCCGACCUCGCGCGACGUCGUCUCCAUCGUCGUCGUCCAUCGCGUACGCCGACGUCGUGCGAGAGCGCGUCGACGCCUUACUCGCGACGCGCGCGCAGAAACAGAAACAGCUCCUCGUCGCUGUCGCCGGACCACCCGGCGGGGGCAAGUCCACGCUCGCCGAGGCCGUGCGCGACGCGUACAACGCACGGCGCGGUCGUCCCGACGCGUGCGUCGUCGUUCCAAUGGAUGGGUUUCACUACUCGCUCGAAGAGUUGGACGCGCGGCCGGACGCGCUCGAGUUGCGAAGACGCCGAGGCGCGCCUUGGACGUUCGACGCGCACGCGUUCGCGAAGUGCGUCAGGGAACUGCGAGAGAGAGGUUUUGGAGACGUCCCGACGUUCGAUCACGCCACGCACGAUCCCGAGCCCGGUGGAUUACGAGUGGUAUUGGCGAACGAGGUGUUACUCGUGGAGGGUAACUACGUGUUGCUUCCGGAGUCGCCGUGGGGGGAUUUGGUGCGAGACGGGACGUACGACGAGACGUGGUUCGUCGAUACAGAUUUAGAGGAGGCAAAGCGUAGGGUGAUAGAGCGACACAUGCGAGUGGGGCGAUCGGAGGCGGAGGCGAGAGAUCGGGCGGAGACGAAUGACGGGCUGAACGCGGCGCUCGUCAUCGAACAGUCCAGAGGUUUGGCGGACGUCUUGAUCCCGUGCGUACGGAUGUGA